AUGGUCCUCUUUGGUCUCUUUUCCCGCAAACCAGCACAACCCGAGCCUGAGCCUGAGCCUGAGCAACAGCAGCCUCAGCAGGAAGAACAUGCCGCAGGAUCGGCUUCUUCCUCAGCGCAACCUUUUGUCUUUCCCCAACGCCAGCUUCACACUCCAGCGCCAUCCCUCUCCUUCUCCACCCCGCCGGUCGUCCGCUCAGAUAGCACUCCGGCCGAUCCUCCGCCGCGCACACCCUCUCCUCUCCCCGACGCGAAUGGCGCUCCCGCCGAAGAUCCGGAGCCUCCAGUAACAGAUCCCCGUGAACUCCAUUCCCUCAUCUCGUCAGUCCCACCACAGACGCUCCACGGAUAUUGCAUCGACCUCCUCGAUCCUGUCGCGUUCGAUACCGCCAUUGGCAAGCCCAAGGCUCCCAAACGGCGACGACGAAAAUCUGCUCUCGUUCCUGCAGAGGAUGCCAACGCUGCUGCAGCGUCGGAGCCUCCUUUGAAACCCCACCCUCUCCUGACACCCGAAGUCCUCAAAUCACUCACCGCGUUCUUCAAGACCCUCGUUCCGCCGCCUCAACUCCAUUGCGUCCGAUGCCAUAAAGCCUAUUUCGAACUCGAAAACACCGACUACAGUUGUCGCGUGCCUCACGAUGACGCGAGUACCGUCGUUGAACGCGUGGGCACCAAGCUCGUUCAAAGUUCAGAUGAAGAGGAUGAGGAUGAGGAGGGAAGCGGGGAUGAUGACGAGUAUGUCGAUAGUGGAAGUGACGCCGAAGAAGGGAAGAAGCGCCGAAGGCCACGCAAGUCGAUCGUCCCCACGAAGAGCAGCGUCUACGAAACUUUUUGGGGUUGCUGCGGACAGACUGUAGAAGGCGAUGGCGACCAAGGUCCCCCAGAUGGCUGGUGCUACGAAGGUCGACAUACGACUGACUACAAACGAGCACGCUUCCGUGCCGACUCGACUCCUCAAGACGACAAGCUGGUCUCCUGCCACAGACUCAAGUGCUUCCGACCUCCCGUAUCCCAGGGCUCAACCGUAGCAUCCUCGGUCAGGUCAGCACCAGCCGCCAGAAAACGUAAACGAAACGUCAAGAGCGUCGAUUACCGCGAACCCGACGACGACGAAGACAUGGAAGGUCCAGACGAGGAAAAACCAGGCGAUGACGACGACGAUGCCAAAUCGACCGCUAGUGUCAAACGAAGGAGAAAAGACUCGUCCGGUGCGGUCAUCUCUUCCAAAGGAAAGGGAAAGGGUCCCGGAAGGCCUCGAAAGCGGACGAUAAAGAGCAAGGAAGAGGUGGAUGACGAAGCAGACCAGGACGCUAUGGACGUCGAUCAACCGCCAGUCGCGACCUCGAUCUCGGCUAUUGGUUCGAUCCCUCGUUCACCGCCAGCAUCUCCGCGCCGAAAACCCGUGUCCAGUGCGAGUACUGCGUCGACUUCAGUUUCUGCUCCUCCUGGGCCCCUGAAAAAGAAAGCUGCGAUGAAACCAAAGCCCAAGGCAUUGCCUAGCCCCAAAGCAGGAGGGAACACGAAGCCCGCUACACCCUCACCUUUAGGUGUCCGCCAGGAUACAGCCGACUUGGAAGAUGAAGACGACGACGCCGAAACUUCAACUCAACGCCGAUCCCGAUCCCAAGUCUUUGUCGAAGUGCCCACUCGAAGCGCGUCCAAGUCGCCCGUUCGAGGAUCUACCUCCGCAACUCCCAACUCCAAAUCCACAUUUCGUAUGAAGUCAAAGUCGUCACCCGCGAAUGACACGAGGAUGGCGGCGGUUGAGACGGUGUUGAGUAAGAGUGUGGCGGUUGUGAAAGCCAAGGGGAGUGUGGCGAGUUUGAGGGACAAGUUUGAGAAGGGGAAUGCGACGGAUCGAGAGGAGGGGUCGAAUGUGCAUGUGAAGGCGAAGCAGAAGAGGAAGCAGUUGCAGGAGGUUGUGGCGAGUAGUGUUCCGAAUGAAGUUGAGAUGCAGUGA